CGGUAGGUUACUCUCAGGAAGCUCUUAUACACUUGACACAGGACGAACUUAGACUGAGAAGUCUUUUCGGCUCAUUGGAUUUGACCUGAUAUCUGCAACAACUUGUCUUUUAUUCUGAGAGAGAUGGCCAUUCCCCGGAUGUUGAACUCCAACACACCAUUCACCAUUGUUACCGGUGGCUCGGAGAUCUCUUUUCUGGGUAAAGAAGAGAGCAGCCAAGGAUGCGAGGAAGAAGCGGAGUCAUUGGUUCAGGCCAUCGGACCACAUCUGACCCGUGUGAUGCAGCUCGGCACUGCCAAACACGUGAUAACAAAUGACCUGGAGGGGAUUCCUUGUGUGUCCAUAGUGGCACAAGCUGAGAGAGAGGACUUUCAAGAGUUCAGCCCGUCCAACACUCAGAAUCCCUGCCUGCGACCUCACCUCCUCCAGAAGCACAGAUCUUUCAGUGAGGAUGCUGCCUUACUAUCCAACACAGAAGAUGAAGUGUUUCAUCAACACCUCCACAGAAAACAGCGCAGAAAGACUCGAAGCCGACCAAAGAGGCUGGAGGAAGGAGGGGAGCCUCCAGUUAUCCAGGGUUUGUGGGUGCAAGAGAUCGACUGGCUGAAGACGACUGGGAUCAUACCACCACCUCCUCAGUUCACCGACUCCUAUCGCCUGCCGGACUCCUGCAUGUCUGGACAGACAGACGACUUGUCCAGCUCUGAUGACAGAGACUGCUCAGACUGUGACCAUGAAUCUGUAUUCAGUCACGAAAGCGAGUCAGACUCAUCUUGCUGCAGUGAAUCUGAUCAGCUUGGAAUAGAAUCAAACAUUUCUGAUCCGACCUCUGACUUGAUGAAUGUCUCUGGUUUUCACUCGAAUUGGGAUUCCGACUCCUUGGAGUUUCUGGAAAGCUUGCAGGAGAUUUCAGACUCGUCUCAGGCGACUUUCACAUUUAAUGACAGUGACUCAGAGUUUGAUGAGUUGAAAGGCAGAGUGAUGCAGAUACCAAAACUCUUCAUUUCAACUUUCAUUAACCACUCAAUAAAACAGAUUCUGGAUAACUGGACAACCACCAAACCUGCCAAUGAAGGACUUAUAUUCCAUCAUCUUCUACACCCCAACAGUUUUCAGUACAGAGAGGGAGAGGAGUACUUUGUUCUUCACCACAUCCAGAACGGCUCGUAUGGUGACGUGUUUUGUGUUCGGGAUAAAAGCAGUGGCUUCAAAUGUGCUGCCAAAAGGAUUCCCCUGAGUCACUUUAGCAGUGAGGAGGUGAAGACAUGGAGCGCCCUGAACUCCCCUCGAGUUGUGGAGCUGUUUGGAGCAGUGAGAGAUGGACUGAACGUCAUACUCUUUAUGGAACUAAAACCAGCUUGCUUGGCCCAGCUUCUAAAAGAGAUUACCUGCCUCCCUGAAGAUUUAGCCCUGCAUUACCUUCAUCAGACACUGGGGGCUCUUGAGCACCUGCACCACAAAAAGGUGGUUCACCUGGAUGUCAAAGCUGACAAUGUGCUGCUGUCUGCAGACUGCAGAGACACGUUUCUCUGUGACUUUGGUCUCUCAGAGAUGUUAGAUGACAACAGACGGAGCACUGAAGCAUUUAGAGGAACAGCCUUUCCUGGCACAGAGACUCAUAUGGCCCCAGAGGUGGCUCGAGGAGAUCAAGUGUGCUCCAAGGCAGAUGUGUGGAGCAGCUGUUGUAUGCUACUGCAUAUGCUCAAUGGGUGCCAGCCGUGGAUACGCUACUAUUCCCAUCCACUGUGUCUCAAGAUUGUCAAUGAGCCCCCACCUUUAUGGGAGGUGCCGUCCAACUGUAACAACUUCACAGCCAGCGUGUUUAGGGCUGGACUUCGGAAGGACCCGGACAGACGAGCGUCGGCCAAGGACCUCAGGAGAAAAACCACCAAAGCCCUCAGAGCAGUUGGAGGUUUGAGCUCUUCCUCCAUUAAAGCCGCCUGUGAGAAGUUGCAUCAUGGCCAACGGGAAGACAAACUCUUUUCCCCAAAAGAACCAUCAUCAUUCUCCUCCUCCUUCUCCUCCUCCUCCUCAUCAUCAUCCCAAGCCACUUCCUCAGACCCAGGUGUGUUUUGGGUGAGCCCUUGGAGGACUGUAGCAAUGGGCGAGGACACCACUGAGUGGAAAGGUGACAUCGCAGAGACAGAUUUUAGAACAGGGGCGUGGAACUCCCAACCGAAGUCCCUGCGAGUUGACUGUGACGAGGAGUCGGAGACCGGCUCUGAGUCAGAGGUGGACAUAUACAUGGCUGUGGAAGAGGAGUGCAUUCAGGAGAAGUGGCUGAAAAUUGAUAAGGACUAUGAGGGAGACUUUGAGGAGGAGGAUGAAGAGUGGGAUUCCUCUGGCUCCACUGAGUAUCUACGUACGCUCAAAGGCUUUUUCCCUUUGCUGGAGAGAGGCCUACAAACAGAUGAAGUUCCAUGGGGUUCAGAAGAAGAGCUGGAAUAUCUCAGAGAUGUGUUCUUCUCAGAGGUUCCUGUAGGGACAACAGUCCAGACUCCAUCCCCAGAACCUCGAGAUGAACCUCCAUCUUGUUUCAGCUGCUCAGACACAUCACAGAUAGAUGAGGACUCAGAACAUUCAUCUGAUGACCUCAGUUCUGGAGUGUUUUCUUCCUGCAACAGUCACUCCGGUGGACAAUUGGUAUGGAUACCUUCAGCCGAUCAGACAUCUCCACGCUGCUUUGAGGGUGUUGACAUCUGGAUAGAGAACCUUCAAGGGAAGUGUUUUAGGAUCAAAGAACGGCGGAAAGUCAAAGUGGGUCAUGUUGCCAUAGGAAUCAGUGAUCAGAUCUCAGAGAAAACCUUCACUUUGGAGACUCUGGACAGAAAGAUGGUGUCCUUCGAGGAAGAGAUCAGUGAAUCGGGAUCAUGGUUCCGCUGUGCUCCUGCUCCUGACAGAUGUCAGCGCUGGAGCUGGAGAGUCCAAGACGGCAAGCUGGAGCUCAGAGAAUGAGACCGACAUUUAGUAGUCAGUUAAACUAAUUCUGUUGCAAAAAAUGACGGAAAGAAACCACAAGAGCUCAAAACGCUCAGAACUUGAAGGAAUGUCACAUUGUUGUGACCUGGGAGCUCUGAACUUCUUCAUUCUGAUCUUCACAGUGUGUGGAGGUUGCUGACCUACGUUGAGCUCUCAUUAGCUUUAUGAUGCCAUCCUGCUGUGGGAAUAACACGAUGGGAUCUCCAGGAGGUGUGUGGCUAGUAAACAGAAAAAUAUAUUUGUAUUGUUGGAACAAAAGACUUUCUCUACAACAUCCUGCUGCAGCAGGACUGGCUUGUUGCCACAAGGCAGUGAGGCCCACGGAGGAUUCUCGCUGUUCAAACACCUUUCAGCACACUCAGCAGAUAUUCACUAGACCAGGCUUUGAGUUCCCAGCCCUCAAAACCCAGUUGUGAUAUCUGCAGCUGAUGCCUUCGGCUCUUUAAAUGAAACAAAUAAUUUUGUGCUUUACAUUUGAUGUCUUUCAGAGAUAGUUUGGAUGUGCAUUUCACAUUGUUUUCUCUAAUCAGUCUGCAAACUCUGAUUUGUCUCACCUCAUCAGCAAUGCUGCUCCUCACUUUGUUUUGCGUCUGUCUGUUGUGCUAAAAAUCCAGGACAUGUGCAGUUUCAGAAAAGUUAAACCAACAUCAAACUAAAAUCCUUGACCGUCGAGAGUUUAUGAAACAUAUGAUUUUAGACAUUUUAUAUCUGUACAAUUAUGUUUGUCUGUGAAUUACUCUAACCUUAAUACUGUUGGUGUUCCUAAUAUGCAGUAUUAUUUUUUUGAUACAUGUUUCUAUUAUUCAACAGUAAAUAUUCAAACUUAUAGUCUUGCAAGAUUAUUGCCUUACCCUCGUUUGUGCAGCCACACAGCUGACUAUUUAGAUAACAACACAAAUGUAAUUUUUCCAGUGACGUCAAAGUGUCUGUAAACUGUAAACAAAUAGGGGAGCGGUGACACCUUGGUUGUUUGCUAAGAUUAUUUACUUGCUUUACUUGCUUGCCUUCUUUUUGUUUUUCAUUCCCGUCAGUUUUACAACUGGAAACGAAACUAGUUCUCAGCUGCUCUGCGAGUUCUCUUUGCUGGUCAAACCCAAGUUUUAGGAUUAAGAUUAUGAAUUUUAUCAGCAUUUUUCUCAAGGCUUUGCGACUUUAAUGACAGCUACUUUUUUCUGUUGCGUCUAUCUCUAAAACUGAAAUAUUGCUUUUUGCUGUGUUUCCUAGUCAUUGCUUUGUUCAGAUGCAUUCUUACACUUGACCAAUGCUUUAAAUGUUUGCCCAGACAUCUGCACAUAUAGCACAUUGUAAAUGUUUACAGCUCUAAUAAACAAGUAAAGCUUUCAA